GCUUUUUGUCGCAAAAGCAAAAGCAAAUCGACAGUCGGUAUCUGUCUGCCUGCGCUCUGCUCGCAUCCCACAUCCUGCAUCCCACGUCCUGCGUCCUGCCGCCCUCCAAAAAUAACAAAUAAUUACUCAAAAUAAUAAUAUUUCCAGGGGUGUGAGGCCGCGGAGCUUUCGCGUCGACGUCGAGCCAAAAAAGUGGCAGAGAAGAGAAGUGAAUCGGUUUCGUUUUCGCAAUACAUACACAAACAAUAGGCGCUGGGAAGUAGACGACGGCGAAUCCUUGGCGGCUCAGCAUUUCCACCGAAUUCGCGUCGAGGAAAAGCGGAAAAUCGGAAAAGCAGCUACCAUUUUCGUAUUGAUUUUCAAGUGUGAACGGCGCCGUUAACAUGGACAAGAUGACGGUUGCCCAGAAGAACGCAUAUCUCGAGGCCCACAUGGCGGUGCAGCAGCAAAUGGCCCAGGCGGCGAUUCAGUUCAAACAGCAACAGACUUCGCAGCAGCAAAACUCCCCCACGGCCAACAACAACAACAACAGUCAGAACAACGGCAACAUGCAACAGCAACAGCAGCAGCAGCAGCAACAACAGCAGCAACAGCAGCAGCAGCAGCAACAGCAGCAGCAACACUAUGCGGCCACCAUAAAGGUGCCGCAGAUCAGUUCCUCCAGCGUGGCAGCUGCGGCGGCGGGGGAGAGCACCUUCACGGUUCCGGACGACGGAAUGGGAUUCGAGGGGGGCGUCAGGGUCCUCCAGAGCCUGGGCACCUGGUCGGCGGCCGAGCAACUGACCUACAACAUCCCCAAGCCCAACCUCAUCCCCUUCACAGAGCCCUACGUCGAGGGGGGCUCCAUGCACCCCGCCAGCCGACUCAAGGCCCUGCAACAGGUGCAGCAGGCAUCCUCGGGGGUGCGCAAGACGAAUCCCUCGAAGUCCACCAACAAGGCAUUCGAGUGCACGGUCUGCGGCAAAGGACUCGCCCGCAAGGACAAGCUGACCAUCCACAUGCGCAUCCACACCGGCGAGAAGCCCUAUAUUUGUGAAGUGUGCAAUAAGGCGUUCGCCAGGCGGGACAAGCUGGUGAUCCACAUGAACAAGUUCAAGCACGUGACGCCCACGAAUAUUGCGCCACUGGGCAAGCGGCUGAACAACAUGGUGAAGAAGAAGGAGCAGCCGGAUCCCCCGCCGGAGGACAACAAGCAGCUGGAGCUGCAGCUGCAACAGCAGGCGGUCCAGGUGGCCGCCCAGAACAUAAUAGUGCAAUCCGCUCAGGGGGCGCCGACGUCCAUUCCCGGCAUCAUCAUACCCCAUCACCAGCAGCAGCUCUCCUGGACAUGCGAGCUGUGCGGCAGGAUGUUCUCGAGUCGGGACGAGUGGUCCAUUCACGCCAAGAGUCAUCUGGAGCCGGAACGGCUAGUCGCAGAGUCAACAAAACCGGCAGCAGCAGCAGCGGCGGCAGGAGUCAUUGCUAAGACCACCAGCAGCAACAGCAACAAUAAUCGCAGCUACCAAAUGGAUGCUAAUCAAAACCAAAUUCAGAUGGAGGCCCAAGCACGCAAGCAGAAGAUAAUCAUACAAAACCAGAUGAUACUCAAUGCCAGCCACCAGCAGCAGCAGCAGCAACAUCCUCCACAGCAGCAACACCAACAGCAGCAGCAGCAGCAGCAACAGCAGCAGCAGCAACAUGUGGCCCAUGGGAAGAAGGCGGCCAGAAAACACCAUCAACAUCUACAGCAGCAACAGCAACAGCAGCAGCCACAGCAGCAGCAGCAACAACAGACCAGUGCGCCUAUGUACAAUAACAAUAGUAGUAGCAACCACAACGGCAACAACCAAAGCCAAGAAGUGUCCGUGCCGGUGUCGCACAUCAUUGCCAAUUCGCCAACGGCGGCCACCUACAUGCAGGCCCAGUUGAGUGAGCACGCCAGCAACAUGCAACACGGCAUGCCCAUUGUCACCUACAAUGGCAACCAGUACUGCGUGAUCACCAGGGCCCCGGAUCUGGACGUGGAGGCGAUGCAGAAGCCUCUGGACUACGGCCACGCAGCCGGUGGAGCCACCAACAUCAUAGUAAUGUCGCCGAUGCAACUGCUGCCCCCGCAGCAGCAGCAGCAGCAACAGCAGCAGCAACAGCCGCAGCAACAGUAAACACCAUCGAAGAGAAAGGCUUUCCCAGCCUACCAGCUAUAAAUACAAAUUGUAAAUAAAGUCUUAAGCAGCCGAGAGCGAACCUAAGUAUAUGUUUAGCCACAACACUACCCAGCAAAACCAAAGUUUGUAAAUGUCAGAUGCAUAGUUCCCCGUGUCAGCAAAGUCCGCUCGAGAUCGAAAUCAAAUGUAGUGUAAGCAACCUAACAUAUCCCCCGCAGAACGUAUAUAGUACCCAUCUAACCCAUAAGACAGCCACCACUGAGAUAUAUAUAGAGAUGCCGUCUCGAUGCAGUCUUCAGACACCGACCCUCCAAAGUAGCAUCCCCACAUAGAACCAUACUCAAACCCAGCGUGUAUGAUAUUUGAUGUGUUUCUAUGGCAUUGUUUGUACAUUAAGCUAAUUACUUACUCCAAUUACGUCUUCGACUAAAACGCAACUUGGGAGGUAAACCAAAAAAAA